AUGACGUCAGCACGUCUGCAGCCUAGCAGCAGAAGAUACGGCGUAAACAAAACAGGCAGCUACAAAACCAGCUAACGCUAAGUAGCAAACGUGUUUUUGAGUGAAAUACGCAGUUACGCUGCAUUCGGCUACAUUAAAAACUAUUUAAAUCUAACAUUACGUUUCGCUUUCAGCUGUAAUCUGGUAGAAGACUGGUUUACAUGAUGCUGAGACUGAUGCUAAGGUACCGUUAUAGCUAGCUGCGUUAGCUUCAGGUAACCGGAGAUAACGGGACGAAGAUUUUAUAUUUCUGUAAAUCGAGGAUAUUUAGGACUACGGUUGUUUAUACCGCAUGGUAAUGGUUACUUAUUUCAUCAACACUUGUUGUGUUUUAUGUUGGUAAAAGUUGAUUAAGUUGCUGCUGUCGUAAGUUAGCCAGCGAUGUGGCUAAUUAAGAGGAAAAGUCGAUCAGCUGUUUAAAGAGGUGGGGGACGAUGACCUCUUGACCUCAGUCAUCUGGACUCGGACUGAGAUGUUUAGCCUGAUGGCGAACUGCUGCAACUGGCUGAAACGAUGGCGAGAGCCUGCAAGGAAAGUGACUCUGGUUAUGGUGGGUCUGGAUAACGCAGGAAAGACUUCAACAGUACGAGGAAUAAAAGGAGAAGAUCCACAUGAUGUGGCUCCCACAGUGGGGUUUUCCAAGGUCGACCUGAAGCAGGGCAAGUUCGAGGUGACCAUCUUCGACCUGGGCGGAGGGAAAAGGAUCCGCGACAUCUGGAAGAACUACUACUCCGAGUCGCACGGCGUGGUGUUCGUGGUGGACUCGAGCGACGUUCAGAGGAUCCAGGAGACACGGGAAACCAUGGCAGAGGUCCUGCAGCAUCCGCGCAUCGCAGGGAAACCUGUGCUAGUGCUUGCCAACAAACAGGACCAGGAGGGAGCACUGGCCGAAGCAGACAUCAUCGAGAACCUGUCGUUAGAGAAGCUUGUUAACGAGAACAAGUGUCUGUGUCAGGUCGAGCCUUGCUCUGCUGUUCUGGGCUACGGCAAAAAGAUCGACAAGUCCAUAAAAAAGGGCCUAAAGUGGCUCCUCAACAAUAUUGCCAAAGACUACGAGGCCAUUACCGAGCGUGUGCAGAAGGACACGGCCGAGCAGCGCGCUCUGGAGGAUCAGGACAAGAAGGAGAGGGCAGAAAGAGUACGGCUGAUGCGAGAGGAGAGAGACCGAGAGGAGCAAGAGGAGGCAGAACGCGAGGGCAGGCAGAUCCAGGAAGAGGAUCCCGAUGACGAAAACCUGCCAUGCCCGUUUCAGCCAAUCAGCAACGUGAUCUGUGAGAACGAGGACAGGGAGAAAGAGAGGAAGAGGCAGAGAGAGCUGCUAGAGGCUCGGAGCAACAACCAGCAGAUGGCAGAUGUGGAACAAGAGGAAGAAGAGUACGAGGAUGAGAACGAAGAGCCACACGACACAAGACAAACGACAGCAAACGGCAGCUCAGUCCCAACAGCGGAGCAGGACAAAAAGAAGACGAGGAAGCUGCACCUGAAGAGGAAGCACCGCGUGGACCCUCUGAGGACCGAGGACGGCCCGACAGAGAGCCCCACCCCUACUCCUCCACCAGUGGGAUGGGCCACGCCUAAAGUUUCUAGGCUGCCAAAACUCGAGCCGCUCGGGGAGACGAAACAUUCCGAGUUUUACAAGAAGCCUCUCCCGCCUGUCGCAAACAGGCCGCGGCCUAACGGCGACACUCAUGAUGUCAUUUUUUAACCUUGAGAUUGAGCUCGUCCAAUCAUCUUUUUGCUUUCUGUCUCAAGCGAGCGGGGUGUAGACAGCCAGGCAGAGAGACACUACAAACACUACAGACAGACAGGCAGACGACUGCUGCGGAAACACUGCAGUCACAGAGCAUCAUGGGAACUGAAGUCCUUCUCGGAGCCCGUUUCAAAAUGGACACAUUUCAGCGCAAAACUUUUAAAUCUGCCUGAACUGGUUUGAUAUCCGGUUCUGUUUUCACUCCACAAAAGCACGUUUGGUGCCGAACUCUCUCCUGAAACUUUAUUUUCUACUGUUGAUGUCAGUGUUACAAAGUUUGGACUCUAUUUGACAAAGAAUGUAAAUAAGUUUGUUAUAACCUUAUGUUUAUGGAUGUUACAGAACAACAGAUUUGUAUUCACGCAGCCAUUAAACAUGACCAUAUUUUACUGUUAAAUUUGUACACUUUGGAUUAAGUACUAUAAGAGAAGGUUUAUAUGACAUUGGGGAUGUUCUUGAAUGUAGAGCUGAAGGCAGAUAGAGGUUUAAAGUGGCUUUUCACACAGCUGAGUGCUUUAAUUUUGUAGAAACAUCACUCUUAUAACAAGAGUCACAGCUUGGAAGGGGAGGUAGUCGUCACAGAUGCAUUGUGGGAAUAAUUUCCGUUCUUACACUACAUAGAGGUUGUUAAUUGGUCAGCUGUUGUCAUGGAUGUCUCGACAUUUCAAUGUAAUUUGUGCAGUUUGAGGCCAAGAAAAGAAUCUGUCAUAUCUGUACUCUCGCCGGCAGCAUCAUCUUGUCUUUUUAUUUAUUGUCAAAAAUGUAAACGUAUAAAAAUAUAUUUGUCUACAGGGCUACAGACUUUUUUUACGCAUUCUGCUGUUUACACUGUGUACCUGCUUUUAAAGUGAUAUUUCUCCCGAGGCGGGAAUCAGCCUCAGACUUGCAGCCUCUCAGGCGGCCCCCCAGGUCUGAGCCAGCACUGUUAUUAUUCCAGCUUUCCUCACUUUUCCUGCACCCAUCUUCACUUUACAACGAGCCGAAAACAACUAAAAGUUCAACUAUGAACGUACAAAAACAAAUCUGGGAGAGAGAAAAAACACUCCAUCGGCCCAAUUAGGCUUUGGAAGAGCAACAGUGGGACGAUUGAGGAGGAGAAAGUUUUUCAGCACAUCUUCACCUGGAGCAGCAGAUAUUGGGUCAGAGCACCUGAGAGUAUGUGUAGCAAAAGUAAGCACAGGAAAUAUCACUUUAAAACUACAAGAUUAUGUUUCCAAUCUGCAGUACAGCACUGACUCACUCUUCUACAUCAAUGUUUGAACAAAAUAUUUUUUCUACCCUGUUUGAUUUUUAUAACAGCGUAAUAAAAGAUGUUUUAAAUGUAA